GCGCAGCUGAGUGGGAGAGCAAGCCUUGACAAGAAGCAACAGCAGCAGUAGCAGCUCUGCCUUUGUGUUUGUCUGUGUGUGAAGAAAAUGUAGGGCAGCCGCUUGUUCUCCCUCCCUCUACCAUCUCUCUCCCUAUCUUUUCCUCCGUCUGUCUUUGUUUCCGCGUUGUGCUGGCGUAGCUGCAGUCGCCAAGGCGACGGCUGACAUUGUUGCCUCGGCUCCACUUCCGUAUUUGCAGAGGCUUUCUCUCCCUGUCUUUCUCUCCCUCUCUGUCUCGGUUUACCUCAAGGAUUUACAGAGGGAGCAUGUAACCUCCCUAAGGAACCAUUAUCUGCGUAAGGGUGUGUGUGUGUGUGUGUGUGUGUGUGUGUGACGGAGAGGUGAGGUGUCUUCAGGAUCCAGACAUGAAUUCCUGUUGGAAAAUGAAGAUUCAGAAUGAAAAGCCUCUGGGUCAUUCUGCAAGCAGGUCCAGCAAUAUAUCAAAGGCGGGGAGCCCGACUUCAGUCAACGCUCCAUGCAGUUUCUCAAGGACGUCAGUUUCUCCCUCCAGCCAGGACAUCUGCAGGAUUUGUCACUGUGAAGGGGAUGACGAGAGCCCUCUGAUCACACCAUGCCACUGUACGGGGAGCCUGCGCUUCGUCCACCAGUCCUGUCUACAGCAGUGGAUCAAGAGCUCUGACACUCGCUGCUGUGAGCUCUGUAAAUAUGAGUUCAUCAUGGAGACCAAGCUCAAACCGCUGCGCAAGUGGGAGAAGCUCCAGAUGACGGCGAGCGAGAGGAGGAAGAUUAUGUGUUCGGUCACCUUCCAUGUCAUCGCCAUCACCUGCGUGGUGUGGUCGCUCUACGUUCUCAUCGACAGAACAGCGGACGAAAUCAAACAAGGGAUCCUUGAAUGGCCUUUCUGGACCAAGCUGGUGGUGGUGGCCAUCGGCUUCACGGGUGGACUGGUGUUUAUGUAUGUCCAGUGCAAAGUCUACAUUCAUCUAUGGAGGAGACUCAAGGCUUACAACCGGGUCAUAUACGUCCAGAACCGGCCAGAUACGUGUAAAAAGCUGGCGCUGGAGAAGCCGCCUCUAUUGGAGCCAAGUCUCGAUAACAAGGAGGCUCUGGCCCCAACCCAGUCGGACACAAACUCCUCCCAGUACACAGAGACAGAGGACUACAGUUUGGAAGUGCUCCAUGUCUGACCACUCCAUGCCAUUGGUUGUCCUACUUAUACACACACAAACAGGCAGCAGUUGUGGAAAUGCUCUGUGCCUGAUGCCCGACCGACCCACCGUCCUCCUCCUGGUCUUCUAAUAUUCCUGAAACUCCAUCCACAGAGACAGACGGACCAAGACCUUGUGUCUUCUUCUAUCCACAUUCCUCCUAUCAUACCUUAUUCCUCCCUCAAUCCACACACUCGCCUCUUUCUUUUCCCAGGACCAGACAGAAUUUACUGACUUGUGUAAAUUUGUGAAGAGGCCUGGAGCAUACCACUAUCUAUAUACACACACACACACACACACACACACACACACACACACACACACACACACACACACACACACACACACACACACACACACACACACACACACCCUUUUAUGUACACCUCUGGGAGAGCAAGACUGAGACGAAAGGACUCCCAAACGCUCCGGAGGUCUACACGUCUCUGAUGUGUGGUUUGUUUACUUGUGAGUUUGUUAGAUUUGUUCGUUUUUACCUCCUGUGAGUCUUGGGCUAACCUGCCGUGGAUCAGUAUGUAGCGCCGCACAUCGGAUCUCUGGAACAUUCCAGCUACUGCCAUCUGUGUUGCUGGUCUGAAUCCGAUCAGGCCUUGAUCUGGACAAGCAUCGAAGCACUUUUGUUUUUUAGUUCCCAAAACAAAUCCCCCUCCCUUCCUCUUUGCUCCUUUUUUUGUCUUUAAUAUGAAUUAAGUCGUAUAGUCUUGUACAUGGGGGAGAGCACGCUCAAAAUUGGAAAUGUUUGUUUCCUGUUUUAUUUGACAUUGCAUUUCCUCAUACACAUGUAUUAAUCCUCCCAUUUAUGACAAAAAAGGAAUUGGGGUUAAAAAGUGGAAUCAUGCUGAAGAAACAUUUGAGUGUUAUAGUCAGAACAGGAAAAAGGCAAGGUUUGAGAAUGAUGUCAGGCUCAUAGCUCUAAUGCAGAUGGGGAAAUCCAGCCACAUGACUUCUUUACCCCAACGUGAAAUUACUGAAGGCUUUGAGAAUGUAAACUUUUUUUUAAAAAAAGAUUAUAAAAAUAAAAUUUAAAAAAAACAAACAUUUUUACUGUCACAGGAGAUCAUUUCCAUGAUCAUAAAUGAGAGCCUUUGGACAUAAACGGUGUUGCUCGUGUUUUUUUUAUCCUGCGAAUGACAGUGUGAUAUUCCUUGUGCAGUUUUUAAUAUGUUGAUUUGUUUGCUUAGUCACGGGAUACGCCCUUGAGAAAUCUACAGCUGCCUAUUUUCAGUCUUUCCUCCCAUCGCUCCCAUUGUGCAGGUGGUAAUUGAUUGACCCCAAAUUGAUAGUUUUGAUUAAAAACCAGGCAGACUGUAACUGUGUGUAUAUAAAUUUAACUGCUUAAAAAACGCUUCAGGCUCAUUUUUGCCCUCAUGUCUGCACAUUUACAAUCAAUCUCUUCAGUUAUGCUGACACACUUCAGCACAGUGUAUAAGAUGUGAGAUCUGUUUGGACGCGACGUAUACUAAUUACUUUUACUGUCCCCUUGUAAAAAUUCAUUUUGGAUAGGAUCAUCACCGGUACAUGUCUUGUUUCUUCUUGCCAGACUCAUAUCACGUGGUGGAGGAUGUCUAUUUUAGCAUUCAAGCACAAAGACAGCUAGUGCUUUGCCUCUCAUUUGUGCCUUAUGUGGCUCAAAUCAGACAAGUUUUUCCAACACCUGAAGAAGCACAGCAUAAAUACUGUAACUGCAUUAUUUCAGUCAUUUAUUGUAGGUCACUCUCAUGCAUCAACAAACAGAUAAUUUAUUUUACAAUAAAAGCAAAUAAUGCUUCCAUACAUUUGCUGCCUGUGACAGAUUUACAGCAUCCGUAUCAAUAUCCCUCAUUGACAAGCUGACUAGUGCGCCACCUGCUGUUGUGAAGCUGUAGUUGCAGUCUGCGGUAGGCAGCAGUUGAUUUCUCAGAGCAAUGUGUUUUGGGCUUUUGUGUAUGUGGGAGCACAGCAAUGCCAGGCUCAUGUUGAGCCUCACAGCCAUUCCAGCAACACACACAUUUUUAAAAACUAGUCUUUGAUAUACUGUCUGUGAACACCGAUGGUCCAACCACAUCUGACCAUGACUGCUCAGCAGCAGCAAUAAAUGAAAUCUGCGCUUUGUUUUUUGCAACAGUGCAUACUGUAUGUGUGUAUACGCCCCAUGGUGACUUGAGAUCUGGAGUCUAACAUAAUUUUAAUACAUAAUAUGAGCCGAGGGAGCUGUUGUGUGUCAAGUUGGAUUAAGACCUAGUAAUGAGAAGCUUCUCUGAAACUUCAAUACCCACGAGGCUCAGUGCAAUUAGACAGAUAAAAAGUGCAAUUACCCUUUUUGUUGUUAUUCUAUUAUAUAGUUAUGUAAUGGUGUUUAAUGUCCAGGGUUUCCUCUGGGUAUAAAAUCAUUAUUUCUUCAUUUUGUGUUGUAUUUAUUUUUAAAAGAAAACAGAGUACAACUUGUUCAUUUAAAAAUCCCCUUUCAUAAGUAAUUUUAUGCAACUUACACUUUUUUUCCCCCCAGGCUUUUUGUUUUGCGUUUAAGUUUGUCAUUUAGAUAUUAAACUUGUAAAAAAAAAAAAAAAGACUUGGUUGCUCGACCUUAAUGUGAAUAUCUGCUCUUCCUUCUGGCUUUUUAAAUUGCUUGAUGAAUUUUGUUUUAAAUAUGCAGAAUACAGACAUUUAUUCACAGCAUCAAAUUCAAACAUUUCAUGUGUUCCACAUAAAAACAACAUGGAACAUUCAGACGUAUAGUAAAAUUUAAAGAUGGACUGGAGAUUAUAGACUUUUUUUUUUUUUAACUCUCUACUCAUAGGAGCUGGCUCCUUUCAUGAAGUCUGAGAAAGAGAUGAUGUAGUCUAGAUGAAGAUUGAGACCACUUUAGGACUCUUUUACAAGCAGGCAUAAUUCUCUCUGAGAGCAGCUUUUUCUUUUACUUUCUUGGUGUUUAUCACCAUGAUCUUAUUUCUCUAUUGUGUAAUUCUAUUGAGCAGGACAUCGAUUGAGAGGGAAAAGUACUUUCUCUGCCUCUCUGUCCCAGUAUUUUAGGUUUAAGUCAAAAUUUUUCUAUCUGUCUUUACCCUGUCGCUUACAUUUUAUCUUGUCUGGGAAUAGUGUAACUUGCAUAAAGCUACAUUCGUUUACUACUGACUGGACUUGAACAUAUAUGACUGUUUCCCUGUCUUAUGAUAUCAUUCCACAAGUGUGUCUGUGAAUUUACUUUGAAAUAGUAACUGUAAAGAAUUUGGUAAAAGUACUUUGUUUGUUUUUAAAAGAAAUAUUGAUGUGUUUUCAGUUUAAUUACCCAUUAUUGAACAAAAGUAUGUAGAAUUAAAAAGAACAACCAAAUAAAAAUUAAGUUACUUUUAA